CGUGACUGGUGGAUGGUGGGGGGGCAGGAUGGCCCGGCACGCGCAGGCGCGGCCGCAGCGCCCGGUCACGCGAGGGGGCGGCCGACGCCUACGUGGGCGGAGGCCUUAAGGGCGGCGGCAGGUCCCGACCUCCCAGUCGGCCUGUCAGCCGGCUUGGAAGUACGGCCGGAAGCUCGCGCGGCGACGGUGGCCAUGGCGGCAGAGGAGGUGGAGGUGGACUGUGCGGACGCUAGUGAGAAGUCAGGAUGGCUAACUGCUUGGCUUCCCACAUGGUGCCCUACGUCAACAUCACACCUUAAAGAAGCUGAAGAGAAAAUUUUAAAAUGUGUCCCCUGCACAUACAAAAAAGGACCUGUUCGUAUAUCUAAUGGAAAUAAAAUAUGGACACUGAAGCUUUCUCAUAAUAUUUCAAAUAAGACUCCACUUGUCCUCCUCCAUGGUUUUGGAGGAGGUCUCGGACUCUGGGCACUGAAUUUUGGAGAUCUUUGCACCAAUAGACCUGUCUAUGCUUUUGACCUGCUGGGCUUUGGACGAAGUAGCAGACCCAGAUUUGACAAUGAUGCAGAAGAAGUAGAGAAUCAGUUUGUGGAAUCCAUUGAAGAGUGGAGAUGUGCAUUAGGAUUGGACAAAAUGAUUUUGCUUGGACACAACCUGGGUGGGUUCCUGGCUGCUGCUUACUCACUGAAGUACCCAUCAAGCAGGGUUAGUCAUCUCAUUUUAGUGGAGCCUUGGGGUUUUCCUGAGCGACCAGACAUUGCUGAUGAAGAGAGACCAAUUCCAAUUUGGAUCAGAGCCUUGGGAGCGGCAUUGACUCCCUUUAACCCUUUAGCCAGCCUCAGGAUUGCAGGACCCUUUGGUUUAAGUCUAGUACAGCGUUUAAGGCCUGAUUUCAAACGGAAGUAUUCUUCAAUGUUUGCAGAUGAUACUGUGACAGAAUACAUUUACCACUGUAAUGUCCAGACUCCGAGUGGUGAGACUGCGUUCAGAAAUAUGACUGUCCCUUAUGGAUGGGCAAAAAGACCAAUGCUGCAGCGAAUUGGUAAAAUGCACCCUGACAUUCCAGUUUCGGUGAUCUAUGGCGCGCGUUCCUGCAUAGAUGGCAAUUCUGGCACCAGCAUCCAGUCAUUACGACCACAUUCAUAUGUGAAGACGAUAGCCAUUCUCGGAGCAGGGCAUUAUGUGUAUGCAGAUCAGCCAGAAGACUUUAACCAGAAAGUGAAGGAGAUCUGUGACACUGUGGACUGAGCACACUGCAGAUGACGUGGGAAAUGCACAUGGCUAAUACAGUUCCUCAGCAAUAAUUUGCAGGCUGCGACGCAGAGUAAGGAAUCUCACAUGAGAACCAGGCAGUCUUCUUGACUGUACUUUCCCCAUGUUUUCUUUAUGAAGCUGCUAGCACAUUUAAACCAGUUAGUGCCUUCUAGAAGAAUGACUUUCCUUUCUCCAAAAUCAAAAUAUACAGGAGUCUCCAAAUCUAGUGGCUUUAAUAAAAGGUUAUUUGUCCCUCUG